AUGGGAUUUAUAACAUCAUUUCUAUGUUACUUCAUACCUGGUGUUGGAUUAGCUUCAUACUAUUCAUUCAGAUUAGGUCCUUAAUUACCAAUUGCAUGUAGAAAGAUGGGGUAUUACUUAACAUUAUUAGUGAUAACGCAUUGGAUUGGGUUAUGGUGCUUUCAAAGCAAUUUUAAAAAUUAAUUUACCAAAAGAUAUUGUUAAAUCAAAUGAAUUUAUUAAAUUGAUGAGGUAUUUAGAAUAACUUAUGUUUAGAC